AUGUCUCGAAAACGUAGUGUCGCAUCUAGUGAUCAAAAAAGUAAUGUAGAUGAAGUGUCAUCUCUAGUAGGCUUUCGUGGAGGAAUUAUUCCUGAAUUAAAUGAAGGUUUACAAAGAGUUGGUCAUACAAUUGUAGUCUAUAAACAUGAUAUGUAUCUUUAUGGUGGAUAUGGACCAAAAAAUACGUAUGCAAAUGGAAUAUUUUGUAAUGUAAAGAUGACAUUACAAUGGAAAGAAUUACGUGGUGUAGGAGUUAUACCUACAGGACGUGCUAAUCAUACAGCUAUUAUGCAUGAAAAUAAAAUGAUUAUAUUUGGGGGUCAACGAAAUUUAGAUGUAUUUGAUGAUUUAUAUAUAGUUAAUCUUGAUACUAUGCGAUGGGAAAGAGUUCAUUAUGAACGGGCACAAGGUCCUGGUCCUGUUUUCUCUCAUGUAGCGGUAUAUGUACCUCCUACACAAUCCAUGAUAGUUAUUGGUGGUUUUCAUCAACGUCAACAUAAUAUGUAUAUAGCUCAUUCUUUUGAUAUUCGACAUCGUGUUUGGAAUGGUAUUCGAGGACCAGAAUCUGUAAAUCCAAGUCAUUUACAACUUUGUUGUGCUGCUUAUCAUAGUGCUUCUUCAUCUUUAGUAGUGAUUGGAAUUGUUGAAAAGGAAGUAUUAACAACAGUAACAGGUGAUCUUCCUACGGUAUUUAUGAUGAAUGUUCAUUCUGGUGCUUGGGUAGAAAUUAAUACACCGGCAGCUCCUGAGAGUCCUAUUCCUUUUCGUAUAAAUGGAAUAUGGGAUUAUUUUAUUCGAGAUGCUAUUACUAUGGGUGGUGUUUAUGAUGAUAGACAACAAGAAUGGUAUUUCCCUAUUUUAGUAGCUCCUAUUGAAAAUCAUCUUACUCGACGUAAAAGUGAAAGAACUGGUUCAUUAUCCACUAUGGAUUCUAAAGCAAGGAUAAAACAUAAAACUACUACAUAUGGUUUUUUAGUCCUUCAAUUAGAUGAUAUGACUUGGUCUUUAGUUCCUAUAAAGUUUCCUAAACAAGUUUUAUCAGAAUUAAUGCAACGAAAAGGAAGUAAAAAUACUUUUGGUCAAGAUCAUCAUACUGUAGUGGGAAAACAAAAAAAUAAAACAACAAAUGUUAAUAAGAUUUCACAACCCUUAUUUUCUGUUAGUGGUGUUUCACGUUUUCAACAUAAGUAUGCUUUUGCAGCUAUUGAUUCUUCAGGAGUUCGAAGGCAACGUUCAUCUCAUAAACUUUUAGUUAUGCAUGGUGGAAUGAGUACUGAAGAUUAUAUAAUGCUUUCAUUUACUCCUAUAUUAAAGAAACGUGGAACUACUUCAACCAGUACUACUACUUCCUUCGCUGCUUUUACUGAAGGUGAAUCUUUUGCAUUCUCAUCCUUUACACGUAUUGGUGGUAGUGGUGAUUUUUCAACUAAUAGUUUAUGGGAAGAUGAUCACAGUGUUUCAGAGGUUGAUUUUGGUCGAUUAGUAAGAGGAGAAGGUAAUCGAAAACGAGCAGUAGCAGAACCUGUAGAUGAUGAAAUUGAUGAAAAUAUAAUGGUAGGUCACUUACAUCGUAUAGAUAGUGAUUCCACUAUAUUACCUAUAUUUCCAACUACACGAAGUAUUACAAAUGCACAUCGUUUUGCAGUAUUAUAUCAUCCUCGGAGUGCUGUUCAUAGUGAUAAACUUUUACCAGAUCCAACAUGUCCAGUUGCUGUAUUAGAUAAGGAGUCGGAUGUUAAACAAUGGGCAGAAAACUAUUAUGCAGAAACAAGAGAAUGGAUUGCGACAAGUUUAGAAACGGCAAGAGAAGAAGAAUUGGCAUCCCGUAAAAAUCAUUCAAGAAGAAGACGUUCUAAUAAAUCGAAUGCUGAUGAUGAUGAUUUAGACUCUUCUGAUACUUUAUCAGAUUCCUCUGGAGAGUCUAUGGAAACGAAGGGUACAUUUGGUUCUUCAUCCACAAAACCAUUAGUUCCUAUUGCACCAUCCAAACCAAAAGACUUUUUUCUUGAUAAAAAUCUGGAAAUUUUUUCAUUUGGUGGUUUGGAAGUUCGAAGAUUAUCAUCUCAUGGUAAAUCACCUUUUCUAUUUUCUGGUGAAACAGUAGACAGUAUCGGAAGACUCCGUAUCUCUGUUAAACGAAAUCGUGAGGUACAACGACUCCCAUCUAUGGUAUUUCAACGUGCUUCUCUUGGUAAUAUUACAGACAUUGGAGGUGCUACGGCGUUUAUUCUUAUGGAAGCCGCUCUUCAACGUGUGGGAGAUGGUUCAGAUGAAUUGCGACGUCGACGAGCACUCAUUCGAUGGCGAUAUUUACGAGUGAUGGUAUUGAAUGGAGAGGCAGCCUUUAUUAUGCAUCGUGCCAGACAAGAUGAGGCACGGGAACGUGGAAUGGAUGUUUCAAGUACAUCACAACUUGUACUCGCACCCGAUUUGCAUAUUAAAGGACCAAUGCAUAAGAGAGUCACCACACGGCCUAUUCCGUAUGCAGUUCCCACACUUCCCGCUCACGUGGUUCGCUCAUCGGAUGUGACCCAAAAUGGUUUAGUGAUGUAUCACUGCCUUAAAAAUGUAAAGUAA